GGACAGCUCAGACAAACCAUCGACGGUUGAGUGGACCCCGAGGCCUGGAACUGCCGUCCACCCCAUCACCAUCCCCACCCUCUAGAUCUGGGAGAUCCCCCAGGCAGCCUGGCAUCCCCUCCCCCAGGCCACAGCAAAGGUCACAAUCAACAUUCAUUGUUGUCGGUGGGUUGUGAGGAGGAGGUCAGACCCACCGGGGGGAUGAAUGUCACUGUGGCUGGCCCAUACAACAGUCUCAGGGAUAAGGACAGGACCCCUUAGGAACCCCAAAUUCUUGCUCCCCUUGAGGAGAUGGGCUGGUAUCUAGGAUCCUGAUGGGCAGAUUGGAAUUAGGAAAUAAACCCUGGAGGAUUAGAUGUUGGGGGAAAUCAUAAAGUGGGGGCCUCCGUGGGUAGAAACCAUUCCUGAAAGGAUGGAUGUUUGCUCAGUGAGGUUUCUGGAAUGGGUGAAUUGGUAGAUGGGCCUGUGACAGAUAGAUGGGUAGGCUGGUGGACUAGCGGGGUGGGAGGGUGCCCUAGCCAGUGGUGACCUCCAACCAAGCACCUUCCCGAGCUCAGGCUGAGGCCUCUGACAGGUAGUGUUGGAAAUCAGAGAGCUGGCACAUGCUGGGAUGCAGCCUGCCUGCCUGCCUGUGCUUGGGGGCUCUUUCCUCUCCUUUGGGGCUCCCAGACCCCAACCUUGAGGCUGCUGAGCUAACUGUAGGAGGAAGAGUUGGGAACUCCACUUUGUAGCCGAGGACAAACAGCUGAGGUGUCUAUUAGCAUAUCAAAGCUGACACUGGCUGCUGAGUACUCCAAGCAUCCCCCAGUCCCUGCCUGUUACAGGGUCCUUCUGGCUGGCUUACUCAGGCUGGGCUUGCCCUUCCCCAGCUUUUCAGGUUCCUUCAUAACCCCGCCGCCGCCGCUUUGGUUAGAUGGUCUUUUCACCUUUUUUUUUUUUGUUUGUUUGUUUUGUUUUUUGUUUUUUUGGGGCCUCUUGGCCGCCCAUUCCAGGUUUCCUUCUCUCCCUCUCCCCACAUGACCUGGCUCAGUCUGCUGGUCACAUCCACUCCAGACUCUCCCGAAGGUUGCCUAUACUGUCCCUUUAUCUACAGUAAAGCUCCUCAGCCCCUUAGGAGCAGUCCUGCUCUCCUUUCUUUCUGUCACCCAUGCUUCAUGACUAAGUUCUCAGCCACUGGGGUGGGCAUGAAAGUCCCUCCGUGAAGCCAGAGCCUUGGGACCCAGCCCUUGUCCCCUGCCCCCAUUCCAUGCACAGGCCCCCUUCCGAAGUACUGGGAUUUUGCAGUACUUGACCUAACAAGGACUCAAGGCCACCAAGACCCUUCCCCAGCCCUGAGGAAGGAAGAGAAAAACAUUAGUAAAUCAAUAUAAGUGUUUGGCCCUGGGGCGGUGUUCUUAGCCACCCCCCCCCCACCUCUCACCUAGCUGGCCUGCAAGGGUUGACCUCCCACAUGGAGGGGGAGGAGACCCUGGGAAGCCUGGGGGUUCAGUGACUCCUAGUCUACUCCAGCCCACACAAACACCAUAUACCCCCUGGGCAGGUAUGUAAGAAGCCCCCAGAGAUAAUGAGGGACCCCCCAGAGCCUGCCUGCUCCACCCUCUCACAUCCCCUCAAGAUAGAAAAGCAGCAGGAGAGGCUUUAGCUUCAGGGACGGAGAGAAGCAGGAGCCAGACAGUGUUUCCCUUCAGUUGCUCUUUUGCCCAGUCAUGGGGACUUUCAAUCUGUGGACAGAUUACCUGGGUCUGGCAAGCCUGGUUGGGGCUCUGCAUGAGGAAGAGGUGCCUGAUGUCAGGCUGGACCCCAAGCCAGAGCCCAAGCCGAUUCCAGAAAGCCGGAGAGCCAGCAAGGAAUCCUCAACAGCUCCUGAGCGCUUGUGCUCGUUCUGCAAGCACAAUGGUGAGUCCCGGGCCAUCUAUCAGUCCCACGUCCUGAAAGAUGAGGCCGGCCGCGUGCUGUGUCCCAUCUUGAGGGAUUAUGUGUGUCAAUGUGGGGCCACUCAGGAGCACGCCCACACUCGACGCUUCUGCCCACUCACCGGCCAGGGCUACACUUCUGUCUACUGCUACACCACCCGGAACUCUGCAGGCAAAAAGCUGACCCGGCCUGACAAGGCAAAGACACAGGAUGCUGGCCACCGCCCAGGAGGAGAAACAGCAACAGGUUCCAAAAGUGGCAGGAAGCCCUCUGGACCUUCACCUUCGGCCUGCAGUCCCUCCACUACGGCCUAGGAGCUCAGAGUGGGGAGGUCCAUGGGGUACCCUUGCCAAGGGUCUGGACACAGGCAUGCUGGAGACUGGACUUGCUUAGGACUCUGAGGCUGGCCACAGGCUUGUUGGAAAUCGCCUGCCCUUCCCCUACCCCAGUCUUGCUUGUGUUGUUGGAUCAGUACCCAAUAAAUGGAGAGGAGUGGAGCCUGGUCUUGG